AUGGAGGCGGCGCCCGGGGCAGCUCCUCCGCUGUUCGCCGUCGUCCUGGCGACGUCUAGCGGAGUCGGCGGCGAACGGACCCCGCCGACGUUCGCGAGCCUAAGGGAGGAGCUCCUCCAGCUCCACGCCGAAGCCGACCUCACCCAAUCCAAAGCAAAUAGCGCGAGGGUAAGGCUUGUGCGGUUGACUGAGGCUGCUGAGAAUCUUAAGAAGCGAGCCGCAACCAGUGUCCGGAUGGGCAAAGAGAACGAGGCUGUGGAUUUACUUGUGCAGAAGAAGAAAUUGACCAAAGCCCUGGAGAACAUUAAAGAGCGCAUUGAGGUGCUUGACAGGCUCUCCGCAAAGAUUAGUGAGGUAAUUUCGAUGAAGCAAAACAUGUUAAUUGAGUAUGCGUUGCGUCCAGGGACAUCUAAUGGUGAUAACUCUGAUGAGAAUAUAAGGGUUUUCUCCAGUACAGUCAAUGAUGGAACCAUUGGAGCUGAGAGUAGCGAUUCUCAUCCAAAAUCGGUUGAAAAUGAAUCUUUUGAGUUGAGAAAGGAGGCACAUGCAAUUGCAAGCAUGGUUGGCCACCCAGAGCAAAAUGCACUUCAGAUGUCCGAUAGCUUCUCAUUUAUAAACAAUCCUGACCCAGCAAACAACAUAAAGAAUCAUUCUGCAUAUGAUGGCCUUAUAGAGCAUAUUAAUUUACAGAUGAAAUCAUUGGAAUAUGAAAUUGAACAGUUCAUCAGUUCCCAAUCAGUCAAGAAGGUGUGGGCAGUGAGAAGCAGAGAAGUGACAAGUGGCAAAGGUUAUCUGACAUACAGAUGCUUGUAA